CCUGACGGGCCCAGAACUGCGAUACGCUACGCAGAUAACCGCCUGAGGCCAGCGGCUUCCCCGCCAACAGCGUCACCGCUUCCCUCCAAGGAGAUCGGACCAGACGGCUCUCGCUCGCUCGCUCGCCCGUCAAACUACUACCCUCGGAGAUCGUGGUUGCUGCCACUGAGAGUCUGUGGAAUUCGACUCAACAUCACGCCGCCUUCAUACGUUAUUUGGGUUCCGUUGCCGAUCCAAACAGCCAUGGCUUUCUUCUUCAACCGCGGCCGAUCACGCCAGCCGUCUGAUAUUGCCCGAUCAAUCAAGGAGCUCUUGGUGAGACUUCGGGAAUCACCAACAACUGCCAAGGUUGAGGAUGAAUUAGCAAAACAACUAUCUCAGAUGAAACUGAUCGUUCAGGGUACUCAAGAAAUCGAGGUAUCCCCUGAGCAAGUCCAAGCAUUAGUACAUGCCACCCUUCAAGAAGACUUGCUCUACGAACUAGCUCAAGGUCUCCAUCGUCUCCCGUUCGAGGCCCGGAAGGACACGCAGACCAUCUUCUCACAUAUCCUUCGAUUCAAGCCCGUCAAUGCAACACAUGCCGACCCUCCCGUUAUCUCAUACAUUGUCCAUAAACGACCCGAAGUUAUCAUCGAACUGUGCAAUGGUUAUGAGCAUAGUCAAAGUGCAAUGCCAUGCGGCACUAUCUUGCGAGAAGCGUUAAAAUUCGACGUUAUUGCGGCGAUCAUUCUCUAUGACCAGUCGGAAGAAGGGGAGCCCGCGAUCCGACUUACAGAGGUCCAGCCUGGCGUGCCACAAGAAGGAAAUGGUAUAUUCUGGAGGUUCUUUUACUGGAUUGACCGAGGCAGCUUUGAACUGAGCGCAGAUUCAUUCACAACAUUUAGGGAGAUCUUGACCCGCCACAAAUCCAUCGUGACUGGCUAUCUAGCGACAAACUUCGAUCGCUUCUUCUCCAAAUUCAACGAAGUACUUGUACAGUCCAGUUCGUAUGUCACUAAACGACAGAGCAUCAAGCUUCUAGGAGAGAUUCUGCUUGAUCGGGCAAACUACAAUGUGAUGAUGGCCUAUGUUGAGAGUGGCGAAAACCUCAAGCUGUGCAUGAAGUUGCUGCGGGAUGACCGGAAGAUGGUCCAGUACGAGGGAUUCCACGUUUUCAAGGUGUUUGUUGCAAACCCGAACAAAUCGGUACCGGUGCAGCGAAUCCUGAUCAACAAUCGUGAUCGGCUGUUGAAGUUCCUACCAAGGUUCCUGGAGGAUCGGACAGACGAUGAUCAAUUCACCGAUGAGAAGAGUUUCCUAGUGCGUCAGAUAGAACUCCUACCCAAGGAACCAAUUGAACCAGCACGGUCCGCACGCGAAGGGUCUCGAUCUGGUAUCAACACAGCUGCGGUGGCCUGAGAUCAAGGUGGUACGACCAUUGGCUAGGGACGGACAAUCAUCGAUUCUCAUGAGCGAUUAUACUCUUCCCCCUGCUUUCUUUUGUGGACUAGGAAUGGGCGGAUCUGCGUGGAGGGGCCGUGUGCACUGGGUGUACGCUUGGCCUCUGGGUCUUGCAUUGAAGGACAGCUGGAUUCUGGCCUUCUCGGAGUUAACAGUGGGAGUCGAUAUCUAAGGGCAAAUUAGGUUUGAUAUGAAACCUGGAAACCGGCGGAAGGAGAAGGGCACUCAGCGCAAGAGGAUAAAGGAAAACCAAAAAAAGGGAACCAGUCCUUGCAUGUAAGUAGACCGGAUGUAGAUAGGUAAUCAGGGAAGUGGAGCAGAGCGUUUGAGG